AUGAAUUCCGUUCCUGAGAAAAUAAAUAUUGCGCAUGCUAUGCCAUCUUCCAUGAUUAAUGUCAUGAGAGAUGACAUUAAGCAGCUUCAGCAAGCCAAGGAGUUGGACCAGCAGCAAAUGGAUAAAGUAGAUCAUUACAUAGACCAAUUAGAUUCUAUCUUCACCCAGUUUUGUAAAGACAACGAGCAUGUCGAGAAAAGAGCUAAGGGGGUGACGGAAGCCGAUGUUCAGCUCUUCCAGGGCCUGAAGAAGAUGUACGCGGACUACAUGAACCAAUUGAGCGAGAUAAAAAAGAGAAAGGUGGAAGAGGAGCAAGAGUUCCAUGGCGAUAAGCCGCUUGAGUACAUUCUGGAUGAGCUGCCAUACCUGCAGCCGUCGGAAAGGAACCGGUACGUUAGCGCGCUCCUCAAGGACAAGGUGCCGUUUUCGAAGGACCGAAAGCUGUUCGAAGGUAUCGCGAACCUAUGUUUACUAGACGGAUCUGUGCGGGAUUACCUGCAGACAUACAAAUGCCUACUGCAGAGCGUAGGCUUCACACAGGAGGAGAUAUUAAGCCGGAUACCGUUUCUGGCUGACGACUACAAGCGUGAGGGCACGCCGGAGCCGCCGCUGUCGUCGGAUGCUAUUUCUCAAGAUACGAGCAGCGACUCGUCCAAUACUACCAAGACUGCAAGUACUGCAGUUUCGUCCCUGCUCAACUCGUCCGGCGUGGAACCGAACGAGCGACCAGAAGAGGACAAGAAGAAGAAGAUUUCGUUUUCGAAGUACCUCAAGAAGGAUGUCAGCGAGCCUGUGAAAAGGUCACUCUCGCCAGACGAUGCCGCCCAGCCCAUCGUUAAAAAGCAGAAAGUCGACCUGCCAGUAUCGAUCCUUCGCGAUGAGAGCAAGGCCAAGAAGCGCGCGGUCAUCCGCUUUGUGGACGACUCGAAGCUCGUAACCGUUUUUGGAGAUGACCUACCGGAAAGCGGUGUAGUGACAUCUCCUGAUCGUUUGAAGAAGAUUCUAAACCCGUACGUAGAAGGAGAACCACGGGAGUUCCUUCUAGCGGCCUGGAAGAAUCAGAAAGUACAUAAGCUGAUAAUUGAUAUGGGGGUUAUUGAAGACUCAGAUAUCACCGAGUCGAAGAACGGACCCGUGUCAAUGAGCACCAAGGUUCCGCUUGCCUUCCGCAUAAACUUCAGCAAGUUUAGCGACGAGCUCGCCGGCCCGCACAAGGAACCUGCGGAUAACGAGGACGAUGAACAAGAGAUCAAAAACCACAAGGGCAAACGAAGAGGUGGCAAGGGCCCCAUCAUAGCCCGCGCCUUUGGGAAAAAUGCAUUGUUGUUGAAAAAGGAUAGAGGCGGCCUUCCGUACAAGAAAGUACCUGAGGUCCGCAGAAACGAGUACCCCGUGAGGCCAGAGGACAAUUUUUAG